AUGUCAUAUCCUCAAGAGUCAUUCAUCCAGACGUCCUUACUUCCUGGUUCCCUCCUUGCCCGGAGACGCGAGGUUGUGUCGUCGAAUACGCUGCUGUACCAGCUCGAAGUACUCAAGAAGACGGGGAGAUACGACGCCUUCAAACUGAAAUGGCAUCCAUCGUACUCUGAUCCUCCCGAGACGUGGCCCAUCCCAAAUCAUUUGUUCUGGGACUCUGAUAUUGGCAAAUGGAUCGAAGGGGCAUGCUACUUCCUCCACAAACAGCCCGACACCAAGAUCCAUUCAGCCAUCAAUGACCUGGUGAAGAUGAUCCGGUCGGCGCAGCAACCAGAUGGCUAUAUCAACAUUCACUAUACGGUGGUGGAGCCUGGGAAACGGUUCACGAAUCUCCGCGACUUCCACGAACUGUACAACGCCGGACACCUGAUCGAGGCCGCGCUAGCUCACAACGACCUGUACAAGAACGGUGACCUUCUCGAGCCGCUGAUCAAGUACGUCGACCUCCUAUGCCGCACUUUCGGACCCGGCAAGGACCAGAUCCACGGCUACCCCGGACACCCCGAGAUUGAACUCGCGCUGCUCCGUCUGUACCAACGCACCAAGGACCCCAAACACCUUGACCUCGCGAGAUACUUCAUCACCGAGAGAGGGAACCCUGCGGGCGUCGACGGACGGCACUAUUACGUCGUCGAAGCCGAGAAGCGAGGCGACCCGGCGCACGCGAGGAUGGUGUACUGGGGCGGCAACGACGACGCGCUUUGGUACUACCAGGCCCACAAGCCCAUCGUGGAGCAAGAGACGAUAGAAGGACACUCUGUCCGCGCCAUGUACCUACUCACGGCGGCGUCUGACCUCGUCGGGAUGAGCACCACACACCCGGUCGCCGGCGCAAGUGAACAGCAGCACGACGACAACACUCGACCACUCCAGGACGCCAUCUACAGACUGUGGGACAACAUGGUGGAACGCAAGAUGUACGUGACGGGCGGAAUCGGGGCGAUCAAGCGCUGGGAGGGGUUCGGGCUGGAAUACUUCCUCCCCCAAAGCACCGACGAGGGAGGUUGUUACGCCGAGACGUGCGCCGCCAUCGGCGUCAUGAUGCUCGCUGAGCGCAUCUUGCAGUACGACCUGGACCGACGGUUCGGCGACGUGAUGGAGUUGUGUCUGUACAACGCCAUGCUGACGUCCAUGUCCCACGACGGCACCAAGUUCACGUACGUCAACCAGCUCGCGUCGAGCGACGCCGACGCCUCGAAGCGGGAAGAGUGGUUCACGUGUGCGUGCUGCCCCCCGAACGUGCUGCGCUUGUUUGGGCAAAUCGGAGGCUACGUCUACAGCGACAAACGCCGCACCACCGAAAAGGACGACGCCACGCAGGUGAAUGUGCACCUGUACGUUCCUAGCCGUCAUGAAGUCGAGGUUGGAGGGCAAGGGCAGGGACAAAAGGUGGUCUUGACUCAAACGAGCAAUUGGCCUUGGGACGGGCGUGUCGAGUUCGAGGUGCAAGGUACGACGAGUGAUACUGUCGCCGGCACCGCUCGAGUGAGUAUUGCUUUGAGGAUCCCAGCCUGGGCCAAGUCAUGGAAGAUCACUCCAUCUACUCCUACCGCUGCCGCUGCCGCUGCUACUACUACUGGUGGUGGCCAUGCCGACGCCGACGCCGAUGCGGGCACAACCUUACAAAAGGGAUACCUCAUUCUCUCUGCGCACUGGGUGUCGCAACACCCCAAAUUCACACUCGACAUCGACAUCUCUCCGCGCCUGGUCUCGCCGCACCCGUACACCAACCAGGACACGGUCGCCGUGGCACGAGGACCCGUCGUCUACGUGGUCGAGGACGUCGACAACGCCUGGGUCACCGACCACUUCAAGGGCGUACAGCUGGACCCGGAGUGCUCGAUACGGGAAAGGACCGUGACCGACGGCACGACGGGCGACACCUUUGUGGCCCUCACCGUCCCUGACGGGGGCGCGAGCAUUCUCCCAUCAGCCGGCAUCCACGCUUCUCCAGGGGUCGAGACCGGGAAGUUGCGCGAGGUAGAAAGGUCCGCCGAGGCCGUCAUCGACGAAUUGCACUUUGUGCCUUAUUAUUUUCGCGCGAAUCGUGGCGGCCGCGGACAGGCGAGAGUCGGGUUGAGGAGGUGGCGAAAGUAG